AUGAAUUAUAAAGAUUUUAAGGACCGGUUCCUACAUAUUGGUUGUGGCCCGAGAUGUCCCCGGGUCCUCUAUGUCACCGACAACCAUCCCAAGUUUCCAUUAUAUUGGACUGGAAACCCUCUACCCAUAUCUGGGUUUAACUACGAUAAGCUGAGUGAUCUUGAGGUUCAAUCUUUGCAAUUGCUAGAUUCUUUCAGUUUCUUCAAGGUCAAGGACCUGUUGCCUUUUUCUGUUGAAGAGGUUUCGAAUUUCUUGGAUAAGAUGAUUGACCUUUCCGUUAGAGAGCAAAAGAAACUGAUGGUCGCACUCCGUGCUUCUCGGCAAGGAACUGAGGGCCCUUUAGAGGCUAAGUUCGAUCUUUUCGGUCUGGAGCUCAGGACGUCGAAGAAGAAGAAAGGGACCGUCCCGAGGCCUGGCGUUGUGAUCAGCAAGCCCCAGUCACCGGCCAAAGUCAUUCCGGCCAUUGAGGACACUAUUGAAUAA